AUGGCCUCUACGUCGAAAAGAGUUCCCAUACCUAAGAAUGGCGUGGAUUACCGGGGCAAGGUCGUACUCGCACCUAUGGUUCGCUCUGGCGAACUGCCCUCUCGUUUGCUCGCCCUCAAAUACGGCGCAGACUUGGUCUGGGGCCCCGAGACUGUCGAUAGGUCUAUGAUAGGAACGACCAAACGCUUCAACCCAACAACGUCUACUAUCGAUUUCACUCGCUUGCCUUCCAAUUCCUCGAGACUCCAACCUUCAGUCCAAAAAGAGAGUUUGAUCUACAGACUACAUCCUACACGAGAACAUGGGAAAUUGAUAUUCCAGAUUGGGACCGCUUCGCCCGAAACGGCUGUUGAAGCUGCAAAGCUUGUUGCCGAAGACGUGGCCGGAAUAGACGUCAAUGCAGGGUGCCCGAAGCCGUUUUCCACCUCAGGCGGUAUGGGAGCUGCGCUGUUGCAAACACCGGACUUGCUAGCUUCCAUCCUAGCAGCAUUGGUGAAGGAGGUAGGCGAGGUGUAUGAAAUUGGAAUUAGCGUGAAGAUUCGCCUUUUGGAGACAGUAGAGAAAACAGAAGCACUCGUAAGGAAGCUGUGCAAGACUGGUAUCACAGGACUAACGGUACACUGCCGUACUACGCCCAUGAGGCCGAGGGAAAGAGCUAUACGGGAACAGCUACGAAUGAUCGCGGAAAUUUGUCGAGAGGAAGGCGUGGCCUGCUUGAUGAACGGGGACGUCACAGACAAAGACGAGGCGUUGCAGUUGGCGCAAGACUAUGGUGUUGAUGGUGGCAUGAUAGCAACCGCCGCAGAGGCAAACUCAAGCUGUUUCAGGACGAAAGAAGAAGGCGGGCUAUUGCCAUGGAGGGAGGUGGUGACGGAAUACAUGAAGACAGCGUUGGAGGUCGAGAACAAAUGGGGGAACACCAAGUUCUUGCUUAGCCAAUUGAUGCCUGGGAAAGCCGAAUUAUGCAGGAAGGCUGCUGCUUGCAUGAGUUACCGACAAGUCUGCGAGGUCUUGGAGCUGCGUGACAUGGUUGAUCUGGCAAAGGAUGUAGACGAGAGACUUGGCAUAAACGAGCAGAAGGAGACCAAGGCUAUGAAGAAGGCAAAGCAUCAAAAUAAAAGCGCACAAGCUGCCGUGGGGAACAUGGGAAAGCAGAGAUCUAUUGACAAAGAGAGCAGAAGCCCAUUGUCAGAGCGAGGUGUGGGUGCGAUGGCGGCAAUGCCCGCGAUGGCGGUCUGA